AGGCCCAAACGAAUUUACCGGAAGGAGAAGCUUCCUCCUCCAUCCACCAAAUGUGAAUUAUCAUUCUUCUCAAUCUCGAACCCUAGCUUGUUCAUCGAUCGGAGAAAUCACCGUUAAAUUUCAGCUAAGAUGGGGAAACAACCAGUUAAGCUGAAAGCAGUUGUUUACGCUUUAUCGCCAUUCCAACAGAAGAUUAUGCCAGGUCUAUGGAAGGACCUUCCUGGUAAAAUCCAUCACAAAGUCUCUGAAAAUUGGAUCAGCGCUACUCUCUUGCUCGGUCCUCUGAUUGGCACCUACUCGUACGUGCAGCAUUUCCUGGAGAAGGAGAAGUUAGAACACAGAUACUAAGUUCUGUUCGUCAUUUGUCCGGUGACCAACGUAUAAAUGAAGUUCUGUUUGUCACUUGUCUGGGGAGGACUGCUAUUUCUAUUUCUGUUUGAAUAGGAAAUAAGUCAUGCUUUGGAACUGCUACCAUCAUUUUGAGGAUUUUUACUUUUAUGGUUAAUUAAAUGCAAGUAGUUGUUUUAUGGUCUGUUGAAACUUUUAUGCAUCCUGAAUCUUGUGCUGAAUUGGAGUCUGCCAAAUAGUUCAUCAUA